UUUCAUUUGCGGACCCCUAAAGACUUUUGCAUGGAGGUGCGGACCCCUUUGGAAAUGUUGAAUGGAAGUGCGGCCCCCUUUGAAUGGUUUUUCCACCAUGUUUGGGAAGAAAAAGAAAAGGCUUGAAAUUUCUGGACCCUCUAACUUUGAGCACCGGGUUCACACUGGAUUUGAUCACAGAGAACAGAAGUUCACUGGUCUGCCUCAGCAGUGGCACAGUUUGCUUGCAGACACGGCAAACAGGCCGAAGCCUAUGGUGGACCCUUCAUGUAUCACUCCUAUCCAGCUGGCUCCUAUGAAGACUAUCGUUAGAGGAAAUAAACCUCGCAAGGACACUUCAAUCAAUGGCCUACUAGAAGAAUUUGACAAUAUCUCAGUAACACGUUCCAAUUCCCUCCGGAAGGAAAGUCCUCCCACCCCACACCAAGGAAACUCAAACCAUGUUCAAAGCCACCAGGAGGAAAAUGGUUAUCUCACAUAUUCUCAAUAUUCCAGUGAGUCGGACGCCACUACAGACUAUGUCACUGACAAACACAGAGACAAGAGCCUUUUUGGGGAAGAGUUAGACAGAUACUGCAAAGGUAGCUAUGCCAUGAAGCAAAAUGGACACAUGAUAAAAACAAAACCUACAGAUGCCUAUUAUUCAGAGGUUAAGCCCUUAAAGUCAGACAUCUUGAGGUUCCUUCCAGAUUAUAACACGCACAUGGAAACAAAAAGCAAACCAAUUGAAUACGGUGGCCUAAAGCUGGAAUAUCAAAGGGUUCCAAGUGGAUCCACGCUAGACUAUAGAGAACCCUUUCACUAUGCUCCUUCUAGAACUUCAGUGCAAAGCGAAUGCUCUAAAGAAAGACUGGAAUACAGUGACAGCGAUUGGGGAAGUGGACCCGGCAAGGAUGAUUAUGAGAAAAGACCAAAGUCGUCCUAUGUAAACCAGGCAAGUCCUCAACCAACCAUGAGACAGAGGUCCAGGUCAGGGUCUGGCCUUCAGGAACCAGUCAUGCCCUAUGGAGCAAGUGCUUUUAAAUCCAAUCAACAAGGACAUUCAUAUAGUUCGUACACCUACCCUCGCUUGUCAGAAACUGCAGCAGGCAUCCCGAAGGUGGAUUAUGAUCGCGCACAGAUGGUAGUUAGCCCACCGCUAUCUGGAUCAGAUACCUACCCCAGGGGCCCAACAAAGCUACCUCAAAAUCAGAACAAAGUUAGUUAUACAAGCCCUGGCUACCAGUACCCUUCAGUCUACCACAAAGCUGUUCAUUAUCACCAGCCUUCAUUCCAGUCAAGCUCCCAUUAUAUCUCCACGGCUUCUUACCCAAGCUCCCCAAGCAUCACGUCAAGUGCUUAUCCACCACCCAGCUGGGUUUCAUCGUCAGAUCAGCAACCCUCCAGGGUGUCUCAUGAACAGUUCCGAGCUGCCCUGCAGCUAGUUGUCAGCCCUGGUGACCCUAGGGAAUACUUGGACAACUUUAUCAAAAUAGGAGAAGGUUCCACUGGAAUAGUUUGCAUUGCCACUGAGAAGCAUACAGGAAAGCAAGUUGCAGUGAAGAAAAUGGAUCUCAGGAAACAGCAGAGAAGGGAACUACUCUUCAAUGAGGUUGUGAUAAUGAGGGAUUACCAUCAUGAAAACGUGGUUGAUAUGUACAACAGUUACCUUGUUGGUGAUGAGCUGUGGGUUGUGAUGGAGUUUCUAGAAGGUGGAGCUUUGACAGACAUUGUGACUCACACAAGGAUGAACGAAGAGCAGAUAGCUACAGUUUGUUUAUCUGUACUGAAAGCGCUGUCCUACCUGCAUAAUCAAGGCGUUAUUCAUCGUGAUAUCAAAAGUGACUCCAUACUUCUUACAAGCGAUGGAAGGACUUCACAUACCAGGAGGCAUCCAGGGAAAGAAAACUCCAUAUGUGUGGAAGUUGUUCAGUCACAUCUAGAGUAGUGCUGCUGAAAUAGCAUCUGAUUGGGUUUCAGUCUCUGCAUACAAUGCCUCAUUAUACUCAUUACUCCAGUACUUAUUAUCUGCAAUGCAGAUUUCUUUGUGGAUAUGUUGUGCAAUUAUCUUUUUUUAGAAAAUUGUCUUCUUUGAUGUACUUGGAUGAGCAAUGGAUAUGCAGAACCUCUUAUGAACCUACAAAAGAGAAAGCGGCUCAGCUUCCAAAAUAUGCGUUAGUUCUUCUGUUUUUCAUGCUGUAAACUGAAAAAUAUGUUUGGCUUGGAGAACUUGGAUAUUAUUUGCUUUGUUUUAUAAAUACCAACAAUUAUUUCUAAAUUCUGACUUUAAAAAAAAACUGCCUUCAAUGAAAACUAACGUCUGCACUGAAGCCAAGAGAAAACAAAUCAAUGCUGAUAAUAAAAUGCUGGUCUAAACAAUGCAGCAAUUUAUUUAGUUUCCUCUUUAAUGCCUUAUAUAGCUAUUUGGGCUCAUGCCUUGUCCCCAGACAGCAGGCUGGCAUAGUGAAUGAGUUGAUAGCCUGAUAGGCAAAGUAUUCCAUCUUGAACAAUUCCAAAGGUAGAUCUUUCCACUGCUCAUCCUGGCAGUGCUAUCACAUUGCACAAUGCACAGCAAUAAAUGAUCUCUUAAUGCACAAUGGCUUCCACAAAAAUUGUCUUCUGCCACCAAUAUCUUCAAACUAUUCAUGCAUGUAAACUUUAAGGAGUCAGUCUUACUAACAGGUGUUAUUGAAUAAGCAGUUUUAUAUUCACGAAAACAGCACUCCUUGUAAACAAAGGCAAUAUAAACCCAAGAGUUUAAUGUUGCAGAACACACAUGUGCAAGCUUGUAUAUUUUAUCACUUCAUCAUUUUUCAGAAAUGUUUUUUUUUUAAUGUACUGCUUUUGCUACACACGUCAUAAAUACAAGGCUCAUUUACUUCUGGGUCAAAUAUAAGGCAGCAAAGUCACACCUUUCAAUAUAGAAAGCUCCAAGAGUAAAGAAGUUAUGCUGAAAACUUUGCAGAAUUAAUCCCUCAUAGAAAUUUCACAUGCGUUGGGCCGAGGGUGUGGCUAAAUAUGGACAUAGCAGGAGGUUUCACUCUAGUCAAGGGGUCACAGCAGGCAGCCACAAUAUAACAUGUUUGUGGGAGUGUGGGAGAAAUCGUGAAUAAAUGUAACUGCAGCCACAUUUAGGGUAGCUUUUCAUAUCUGACCCAGCCAGUGCAGAACAUAAGGGUUUUAGUCAGGCAACCAGGUAAGGAGCUAGAUUUUCCAGUGUAGGGAUGAGGGAGAAUGGGGUAUGCUGAGGACAGAUCGGUUCAAACCAGGGUAUUCUCUUACAUAAGGGGUGGGCAAUUAUUUGGGCCUGUGGGCCACAUGGGGAGUUUUGCUGAGCUGUCGCAGGCUGGGUCAGCACCUCUCCCCACCCCCACCCCCGGCACAACAACUCAGCAAAUGUGGGAAGGGGCUGCAGGGGGCAGGGAGUGGUAUACAGAAGCAGGGUAGGCAAGGCUGGGGCAGAACUGUGAUACUCUCUUGCACAUCUAUGCCCAUUGAACUGGGGCUCUUCCCAGCCUUGUGCUGUUACAGCCCUGUGAUCGCAGGGUCUCCAUGGAGAUCAGCCAAGAGCUGUGCGGGCAGGCAGGCGGGGUGCUGCAUCUGGGGCCGGGGCCAGGAUCUUGUGGCAGUGACAGCACAGGGCUGGGGCCAGAGCAGAGCUGCAAUCCACUCCCUGCACACCCCUGUCCACACUCUCACUGCCCCAAGAUCCUGGGGUCUCCCCAUUCCUCUUCACUGCCUCACUCCUGGAUGUUGCUCCCCACGAGCCCGCAACCCCACCUCAGCUGCUCUGCCCAUGUGGAUCCUAACCCUGGUGGUGGGUGUGGAGCGGAUGGGCUGGGGUGCUUAGGCAGGGGGGCUGAGUCCAGCAGCAGCAGCCAGAAGGAGCCACCAACACUGGGGCUGCCAGAAAAUAGAGUCCAGUCGCUAUGCUGCUCUAGCCCCACUGCAUGCCUGGGAGCAGCAGGACCGGCCUCACUUACCACAGCCCAGGCUGUUCCUUGCUCAUGGGCCGGGUGGGACCAAGGAACCUGCCGUGGGCCAGACAAAAAUCCCUCUGUGAGCUGUAUUUUGCCCACCCCUGACUUACAUACAACACAUCAGGCCUCUGAAGUAGAUAGCCAACUAGGCCCCCUUCUUUGAGAUGCUUGUGAGUAUUCAGUACUGUCAAGGACACAACGGGGUUCAGACCUUCCAAUUGGUUGCUCAUUCAUGCCUUUGUGGUUUCC